CUCACGCAGAGCUCGCGAAGGUUCUACUCGACAGUUGUCCAAGAAGAAUGGGUAAUUAAAUCAGUCAUUUCUAAAGAUGGACUUGAACAGAGUACUCGGAAAAUUCCAUUAACCUUUCAAAUGAGACAAAGUCUUAGGAGAAAAUCAUCAUCAUUAUGGCAGAGAGCAAAAAAUAGAAUUAGAAUAACUCCGAAAGAUGCAACACCUGUGAAUUGGAAAAUCAUAGGCCUAGUCUUCAUAUCAAUGUUCACUGGUACACUCAGUCUUACAUUUCUGUUUCCUUUCCUGCCAGAAAUGAUUUUGUUCUUUGGUUACCAAGAGACAGAAAAGGGCUACUAUGCUGGAAUGGUGGCUUCCGUGGUGUUUGCUGGCAGAGCAACAGGGAGCUUUUUCUGGGGUUGGUUAUCCGACAGAAUUGGCCGGAAGCCAGUUAUACUCAUGACCAUUUUUGGAAAUGGCUUUUUCUGCUUGCUGUUUGGAUUUACAACUAAUUUACCUAUGGCACUUAUCAUCAGGUUUUUAGCUGGUUUGGCCAAUGGUACCGCAAGCAUUGCCAAGGCAAUUUUAUAUGAGAUUUCUGAUGACUCUAAUCAAGCCACCGGACUGUCCAUCGUGGCCAUGUCAUGGGGAGCAGGGAUCAUACUGGGACCGACUGUUGGGGGAAUCUUAUCCAACCCAGCCGUUAGAUACCCCUCCUUGUUUCAAAAGGAUGGCGUGUUUGACCAGUUUCCAUACCUUCUGUCUAGUCUUAUCGUGGCAUGUGCCUGUUUUGUGGUUAUCGUUGUUGACUUCUUAGUUCUACCCGAGACAAAGAUCACAAAACAAAGAGAAUUAGAUGUAAGAAUUGAGGAACACACUGAAGAAUUACAGAAGUUGGUGCACAAGACACAACAGAAGCAGACACACGAGAAUGAUAGAUCAUUAUCUAUGGAGGAUCUCCACUGCUACACUGAUAGAACAAUAUAUGAGAUCAGACUCUACCAGUCCUGUCAAGAUCUAAACAGGUCACAUGACUUUAUAAUGAACAGGACGAUGGAAAAGCUAACAGAAGAAAACGAUACUGAAAAAGCAUUACGGAUUGAAAAGAAGACAUCUAAGUGCAUCUUCAAUAAAGUCAAGAGUACAAGUCUAUUUGAAAUAUUAAGUAUGCCUGAUUGUAGAAAAGCAGUUUUUCUGUACACAGCCUUUUCCUUCUCGUCCAUUGGCUAUGAGGAAAUUUUUACGAUAUGGACAUCAACCCAAAAAAAUUAUGAUGGUCUAGGGUUUGAGACAGAUGAGAUUGGUAUGGUUCUUGGCUUGGCAUCAUUUCCUAUGUUGGCUCUAAAUCUGUUCAUCUACCCAUUCCUUGACAGGAUCUUUGGAACCAAAAAGACAUUUAUUUUCUGUGGAUUUAUAAAUGGAAUUUUGAUGACUGUUACACCGAUGCUACAUCUUAUUGAAUCAAGGUCCCCCUCCGUACUGUGGACGAUCCUUCUUCUUGUGAUUGUUCCACAGAAGAUAAUGACUAGUUGUUUGUUUACUGCAUCAUCACUAUUCAUCAACAACUCGUCACCAGCUCACAUGGCAGGUUCUGUCAAUGGCAUUGCCACGACAUCUACUGCUAUUGCGAGGACAUUAGCACCAACAAUAGGAGGAAGUGUAUUUGCGUGGUCUAUAGGGAACAAUCUGGAAGCACCGUUUGAUGUCAACCUCUCUUUCUUUAUCUUCGGAUUCAUUUUAUGGUUGACCAGUGUAUACAGUUUAUUUAUACCAGAGUCUCUUAACAGAAAAAAGACUUAAUCCAGUAAAAUUAAGAAUAAAUACUGUCAACAA